GCCUAAUGUGUGACGUAUUUCCGUCUUCAUCAGAGUGAUCGUUUUCGGUCGUCGGCCAUUCAACGAUACGACACGACCAGACGUUGUUUAAAAGGCAUUUACAGAAAAAUUUUCACCCCCAUUUUGUUCUCCAGUGCAUUACUAACUAUUUUGCCGAAUUUACAAUUUCAUCACAUGUCGCUUGUUGGGAAAGAUUCGAUUCAGUAGCGUCCGUCCUCAUGUACGUAGGCCGACGUUAUCUUUGUUAGCUUCUCCGGGCUAACUGUAAAGUUUUAGCUUCUUUUGGCUUAGUUUUACACAAUGUAUCCCUCCUGGGGGAACUAUGGGGCGCCUCCGUCGCAAAACUACGGAGGGUCUGGACCUCGUAAGCCUCCUAUGGGUGGUCAUGCAGAGCAAGCUGGAGGAUUCGGCGGCUUCGAGGCCUCAACCAGCAGCAGCAACUCGCUGUUCUCCAGCCUUCAGGAGCAGCACCGUCAACAGAUGGAGCAGCUUCAGAUGCUGCACCAGAAACAGCUCAAGUCUGUGUUGCAUCAUGGUAACAGCUCCCCUGCGUUCGGUGGUGGAGGUGGACACUCCGGUGGUUUUACUGGCUCUCAGUGGCAUUCAGAAGAAACGGGAUACGCUGAAGAGGUUGGUGAUGGUCACUCGUAUUUUCAUCAGGAUCAGGCUCAGAUGCCAAGAGGGCGUGCGGCUCCCAACCAGGGACCCCAACCGCCUCCUCCACCGCCACCUGCACCGCAGAAGCACGCCGAGGUCCCGCCUCCUCCAGAGCCACCACUACCACCAAUCGAGGCUCCUGGAACUAAGGAAGCCAGUAGUAAUAAUGCAAAUACAGCUGAGGAUAAUACUUCCUUACAUCUGCAGGAGCAGCAGCACCUGUGGUACAAACAACAUCUUGAAAAUCUACAGAAGUUGAGACAAGAGAAAGAGAAACAGAAUCAGAAACAAGGUGAUGCUUCUCUGCCGCCUCAGCCACCCCCAUGUCAAACUGCUCCACCUCCUCCACCUCCAUCAGAACCAUUGAAAAGUGCACCGCCUCCACCCCCUCCGAAAGAUGAGGCUCCUGCGCCCCCUCCACCACCUGUGGUAGUAAAGAGUGGAAAUGUUGGAAACCCAUCCACAGUUACAGACACACCUGAUGCUCCAAAAGACCCUGAAGAAGCUGUUCGUCUCCAGCAGUUACAGGCUGCAGCAGCACAGUGGCAGCAGGUGCAACAGCAGAGAACCAAUUUACAGUACCAGGCACUCAUGCAGCAACAUGAAAAGCUUCAGAAGAUCCUUGAACAAUACCAGCAGCUGAUUCAACAACCAUCAGACCUACAGUCGAUGCCUGCUGAAAUGCAACUGAGACACUAUCAAAUGCAACUGCAACAGUUCACUCUUUUAUUCCAAGACUGGGUUAGAUCAUUUGCCUUGUGGUAUGAGCAGUUUCAGACUUAUCCCCACAAAGAUCAACUACAGGACUAUGAGCACCAGUGGAAGCAGUGGCAAGAACAGAUGAAUGCCACCAAUGCCCACCUUCAAGAAAGGGUAGCCACUAUUUCUGCCAUUGUACCAUUUGCCUCAAACCAGUACAGUAGUGCUAUGGUGGGACAGUUUGGUCAAUACCCUGGACAAGGUAUCCAAAUGCAGCAGCAAGAAAUAAUCCCAGGUAUUCAGCAACCUCCAGUUGCUGUUGGUAACAUAACUCAAAGUCAGCAACCUCCUCCUUUUUUAUCACAAUCGGAACCACCUGCUGGACCCCCUUUGCAGGCAAGUGCUCCCACUGGACUUGGAGUCAGACCCCCUGGGCCACCACCUGGACAACCAUCAAGUUUUGAUGAAAGCGGAACUCUAAGGAAAAACAUAUUUGACCAGCCACCAGAAGACCUUGAAGGUCCUACAACGUUUGGUCAGCCACCACGAGGUUUUAAUGGUCCUCCAAUGUUUGACCAGCCCCCGCCUCGUUUUGAUGGCCCUCCACGGUUCAACCAGCCUCAGCAGCGUUUUGAUGGCCCUCCACAGUUCAACCAGCCUCAGCAGCGUUUUGAUAAUCCACCUCAAUUUGACCAACCAAGGCAGCGCUUUGAAAGGCCACCUAGAUUUGACCAACCACGACAGCGUUUUGAUGGGCCACCCAGAUUCGACCAACCACGACAGCGUUUUGAUGGGCCACCUAGAUUUGACCAACCACGACAGCGUUUUGAUGGGCCACCUAGAUUUGACCAACCACGACAGCGUUUUGAUGGGCCACCUAGAUUUGACCAACCACGACAGCGUUUUGAUGGGCCACCUAGAUUUGACCAACCACGACAGCGUUUUGAUGGGCCACCUAGGUUUGACCAAUCUCGGUUUGAACAGCAGCCCAUGUUUGAACCCCCAAGGCUGGUUAGUGCCCCACCUUUUUUGGAUUCUUCAUCAGUGCCUGAGCAAGAACAACAGCAAGGUCCCCAGCCUAGAUCAGAGCUAUCUAAUCAGAAACCAUUAUCUGCCAUUAUUGAUUCCAAGACUACAUCUAAACCACCCAAUGAGCUGCAUUGUGACAAAGAAAAACCAAAUAAGAGCAAUGUUGAAGACUUGACAGAUGACAACUUGCUUGGAACUGAUGGCUUUUUUGUUCAAGACGACCCCAUUCCUCAAACAUCAGCUAUUGAAAAGGCUGAGGAAACAGAUGGUAAAGAUGCCUCUGAUGUUACAGAAAAGGCUAAACCUGUUACUGAUAAGCCUUCUGUAACUGUUACGUCUGCUCCAAAGUCAGAGACUUCUGCACAAAAUCCUCUCAAAGAAGGUGGACUAUCACAGAUUACAGAAAACAAACCAGAGCCACAAGAUUCUGGUGGUCUGCUUCCAAAGCCAGAAAUUCCCAAUCUGCCUUCUGGCAGGGGAAGAGGCCAGCCCCCAAUGCGUGGACGUGGAGAGUUUAGAGGACCAAAUGCCACACAAGCUGAAGAAGAGGUGGAGGAAUUGCCACACAACUAUAUGCCUCCUGAAGAGAGUAUGGAAAUGCAAGAGGAGCAGGAGAACUACCAAUGGCAGGAUUCUUCUUAUGAGGAAGCUGGUGGUGAUGAAUCAGCAGAACCACCAGAAGAACCAUGGGUGCCAGAAAAUUGCUUUCAAGAGGACGAGUAUUAUGAAGAGCCGAUUGGACCCUAUAUGGGGCGAGGUCGACCUCCAAUGAGAGGAGGGCCCCCGAUGGGAAGAGGAGGACCUCCAAUGGGUAGAGGAGGCAUCCUUAUGGGACGAGGAGGUCCUCCAAUAGGCAGAGGACAUCCAAUGGGUAGAGGUGUGCCACAUAUGGCAAGAGGAGUUCCACUAAUGGUUAGAGGAGGCCCACCCAUGGGAAGAGGAGGCCCACCCAUGGGAAGAGGAGGCCCACCCAUGGGAAGAGGAGGCCCACCCAUGGGAAGAGGAGGCCCACCCAUGGGGAGAGGAGGCCCACCCAUGGGAAGAGGAGGCCCACCCAUGGGGAGAGGAGGCCCACCCAUGGGUAGAGGGGGCCCACCAAUGGGAAGAGGGGGCCCACCAAUGGGAAGAGGGGGCCCGCAAAUGGGUAGAGGUGGCCCACCAAUGGGUAGAGGAGGCCCGCUCAUGGGUAGAGGAGGUUACCCCAUGGGUAGAGGAGGUCCACUCAUGGGUAGAGGGGAUCCCAUGGAGGAACACUGGGAAGAUCCCAAUUUUGCUGAAGAUGCUGAGGAAGAAGACCCUUACUGGGGAGAAUGGAGACCUCCAAUGAGAGGUAUGAGACCUCCAUUUCCACCUGGUCGAAGUCGUCCCCUACGUGGUCACCCUGGUUUUAUGCCACCAGGACGUGGUCACCCACCUCAUCCAAUGCAUGGGCAAAUGGAUCAUGAGCCUUUAGGCCAGAAAUUGGAGUCUGAUGAUGACAUGAACAUGGAUCCAUCAAUACACCCAGUAUAUAAUGAUCCAUACAGCCAUCCUGACAUUGGAAGAGGCAGAAGACCACCGCCAUCUCAAGAACUGGUGGAUUCUGUAGAAGAACCUUUGUAUGAUGAAGAAGGUGAGCAAGAAUGGUAUCAACCUGAGAGAGGCCCUCCAUUGCCUCCACAUGAGAUAAUAGAUAGGGGGGGAAUGAGGAGAAGACCUAUUGGCCAAGGAGUAGCAAGAGGCAUGUGGCGCCCAGGUCCAACAUGUGAGGAAUAUGAAGAAGGGUAUAAUGAGGGUUUUACUGUUGAUUACGAACAUGGGGAGGAUGUGUAUCACAAAGGUUUACCACAAGACCAUGAUCCUGAUGUUGGUCGACAUGAACCCAAGCACUUGGAGUCUGAGUGGGAUAGAGAGCGUGUGCUUCCUGAGAGAGAAUAUCCUCCUCGCAUGCCACCUCCAGAGCUCCUAAGAGGUGAACGCUGGCAUCUGGAAACUGAGAGAGAUCCCCCAUAUCCAUAUGAUGAAAAUGGGGCAAGAGGAGAGAUUAGAGUUCAUGAAUACAGGGAUGAGCCACAAUAUAGGAAUGAAGACCUGCCACGCACUCUCCCUGCAGACUGGGAUAGGCCCUCAAGGCUUCCUCCACUACCAGAGAGAGAGUAUCCAGACUAUGCUGAUCGUAGAUCUCUCUAUGAUGAACGUAGGGAAGAAUUGUCUAUGGAUUUACCUGCAUCUGUUAAAGACCAGCCUGUAAGCUCAGCUGACCCAGCAUCGCAAGAAACAAGUGGGGCAAAUGUACUUGCCCUGUCUCAACGUCAGCAUGAAAUUAUCUUAAAAGCUGCCCAAGAGCUCAAGCAAAUAAGGGAAUUGCAAGAAGUAAAGCUCCCAGGUGGUGAGCUACAAUCUGCACCUGGUGAAAAUCUGCCAGAUCUCCCUGCAGGUCUUCUUGGUUUGGAGAUCCCAGCAGAUGUCAGGAACGCACUGAAGGGUAUAACUGCUGCAUCACAUGCAAGUACUGGUGAAUCAGUAUCAUGGGAAUCCAAAUCUGCUGCUCCAGAUUACCAGUCAAAGCCCUCAUUGAUUUCUAAAACUGUUGACUAUGGACAUGGACACGAUCCCGGGCAUACUGUAGAGCGCAUCCCUUAUGGUGAGAGAAUCGUGCUGAGGCCUGACCCAUUGCCAUCAGACAGAGGCUAUGAAAAAGAAUUGUUCGCUGUAAGAGAUCCUUACGGCAGAGACCUUUAUUACGAUAGAAGAUCUGACCCCUAUAUGGACCGGCGGGAGUACAGCAGAGAGAGGGAACUAUACAGAGAAAGUCCCCUCGACUAUGACAGGGAGAGAUAUGAGAGAGAGCGCUAUCAUUCACGAGAACGAGAUGAAAGGUCUCCUCUUUCGUCUGCUCUGCGGUCGGGAUACAGAGACCGAGAGAGAGAGAGAGACAGGGAGAGAGACAGAGACCGGGAUCGCAGCGGCAGUCGGGAUCCGGAUGGAAGAGCUGGUUAUGACAGACUUCCAUUUGAACGUCCUGGCCUUGACAGAGUUGGGCCUGAGCGCUACAGCUCACCUUACGUGGAAAGAAGAGGUUAUCCAGAGGAGAGAGGGUCUCACAUUGCAGCACCACUCGCUCCACCUCCACCACCACCUGCAAGAGUAGAGAAGAAGCCUGAAAUCAAGAAUAUCGAGGACAUCCUCAAACCACCGGGAAGAUCAUCUCGACCCGAGAGGAUCGUCAUCAUAAUGAGAGGUCUCCCAGGAAGUGGGAAAAGUCAUGUUGCAAAGCUCAUACGGGACAAAGAAGUUGACUGUGGCGGUGCUCCUCCAAGAGUUCUUGUUUUGGAUGAUUACUUCAUGACCGAGGUCGAGAAGGUUGAGAAAGACCCGGACACGGGAAAGAGGGUGAAAACCAAGGUUCUUGAGUAUGAAUACGAGCCAGAGAUGGAGGACACCUACCGAAGCAGCAUGCUGAAAACGUUUAAGAAAACCCUGGAUGACGGCUUCUUUCCCUUCAUUAUUAUAGACACUAUUAAUGACAGGGUUAAACAUUUUGAUCAGUUCUGGAGCGCGGCGAAAACCAAAGGCUUCGAGGUUUAUGUCGCUGAAAUCACAGCAGACACUCAGACUUGUUCAAAGAGGAAUGUCCAUGGGCGCACUCACAAGGAAAUAACAAAGCUAUCCAAAGACUGGGAGUCUUCACCUCGUCACAUGGUGCGUUUGGAUGUCCGGUCCUUGCUUCAGGAUGCUGCUAUAGAGGAGGUUGAGAUGGAAGACUUCAACCCUGAAGACGAGCCUCAGGAACCCAAGAGGGAAGAGGAGGAAGAGGGUGACCUGGGCUAUAUUCCAAAAAGCAAAUGGGAGAUGGACACAUCUGAAGCAAAGCUCGACAAGUUGGACGGUUUAAUGAUCGGCGGGAAGAGGAAACGGGAAGGUGAACACAUGUCGGACCUAGAGGACUACCUCCAGCUGCCGGACGACUACGCCACACGUACAUCUCAACCAGGAAAGAAAAGAGUUCGAUGGGCUGAUCUGGAGGAGCAAAAGGAUGCCGAUCGAAAACGUGCUAUUGGUUUUGUUGUUGGUCAGACAGACUGGGAAAAAAUAACAGACGAGAGUGGCCAGCUGGCACAAAAAGCUCUCAACCGCACCAAGUAUUUCUAAGAAGAUUAUUUUUAUCCUUUUUUAGUUGAUGCAAAGGUGUCCAGAAUGUGAACCCGGCUGAUGAUGAAACGGACGUCAGGCGGAUUGACCCAACUGUCAUCAACUUUUAGUCUAUUUAGAGUCUUUGUUUUCCUCUCUGGAUAUUAAAGUUGUGGUUCAUAGUUGGUGCUUCUCCUGUUUAAGCAUCCACGUAAUGUUCAAUUUUCCUGUGUUUUAUACUUCUGACUUCUUUCUCUGUAAACCUGUAAUGCGGUUGUUUAUCAGUGUUUAGUGGAAAAAGACAAUAAAAAUUUCACAUAAUCAGUUUCUCUGAAGAGUGGGGUUUCAUACUUGAAUAAAGUUUGUUUUAAUUCAGA